AUGGUUUCUAAAUCUCGAGUCGGAGUACUAAUAGCGGGGUUUAUUGGAGUGGUACAAGGACAAUACUUGAAUACAACCGCGGCGAUUUCGAAUCCAACAACACCAGAUGGACAAGGACAUCAUUCAACGUGCGAGCCAAAAACUGUGACUAUCACAUCUCCCGGGGAUGGAUAUGGAUAUGGAUCCUGUCCCACCAAAACGAUCAUAUCAACCUCUGUUUCAGUGUCGACGACUACUUGUUGGGAAACUACUACAAAUGACAUCCCAACCACAUUUGUUUCUAUCUCUACUUCUACAGCCUAUCAAAAUCAAACCACUACAAUUACCACAACCGCUGGAGGUGGAGGUGGUUAUGGGUCUGGUACUACUAUAACCGAGACAAUCACUGUGAGCGCGAGCACCAGCCCGAGUGGUGGAUAUCAAUAUGGUGGAACUACUGUCACGCAGACAAUUACACAAAAUCAGACUAUAACCCAAACCGUUGGUGGUUCUCACACUGCUAGCCAAACUAUAACAGAAAAAACUACCCAGACAGAUUCCUUUACGAUAACUGUGCCCAGUACUAUCUCUGUGAUUACGACCCUGACUGAUGUUAUCACUCUCACAAACAUAUCUACAGCUAGCUAUACUGAGACAGAUCUUAUCACCACAACUAAAAACUAUAAUUUUACUGCUACCCAAAUUAGCGUAUCUACGAGUCUAUCCGUCUCCGUUUCAGAAUCCUAUAUCUACUCCACCUACAGCACCACGUUAACAGAGGUUCACCUUUCCACAAUCACCUACCAGACUUCGUAUCCAUACACAGUAUAUGAAACUAUCGUUAGCAACCACUACAUCUCGACGACAGAAUAUCUCCCAACCACGAUAAUCGAGGUAAUUUCCACUAGCGUAUAUAUCCCAACGACCGUCAUAUCUCGAAUAACAACAUCUAGAACGACAACAGCUACAGAGACCACCAUAGCCAGCUUUACUACCACAGACCUGGAGACCACCACAAAAACUUCAGUAUCAACCACAACCUUUACCUCGAUAAACAGCAUCACCUUACCUCCCGUGACACUAGUUUCUACUGUUUCUGGAGAACAAAUAACAGUUACAAAACCCGGUCCAACUAGCUAUAUCACCUCAAUCAUAAGGUCUGAGGUAUUAGUGACUUCGAGGAUCACUCUCCCAGCUAGCACUACUACGGAAAGUAAAACAACGACUGCUAGUUUCACCAAAACCGACCUGAGAACUACCACUACAACUGCUACGUCUGUUGCAACUUCGAUCUCGAUCGAUACAAUCACCCUCCCUCUCGUAACUUUGAGGACUACAAUCUCGGGAACACCAGUUACAAUUACGCAAUCUGCGUCAACGAUAUUUGUUAGCAAAACAAUCACUUCUGAUGUAUACAUCACGUCGCUAGUUACCCUCCCAGCUAGCACCGUCACAUCAGAUCUUUACAUCACUACCUCAAUUCCUGGUCCAACAAUCACAACCUCAAUAUCAGGAUCUUUGACUAUAAUUACCUUACCCGGCAGUACAUCAAAUUUAACAGUUCCCGGCCCAACCAUAACGUCCAAUAUAUAUAUCACUACCUCGAUUCCUGGUCAACCUAUCACUACUUCCAUUUCGGGAUCUUUGACCACGAUUUCCCUCCCCGGCAGUACAUCGAUUUUGACACUUCCCGGCCCAACAAUAACUUCCAAUAUUUAUAUCACUACCUCACUUCCUGAUCAAACUGUUACCACUUCCAUUUCGGGUUCUUUGAUCACAAUUUCCCUGCCUGGCAGCACAUCGAUUUUGACUAUUUCUGGCCCUACAGUUUCGUUGCCUGGAUCUUUGACAAUAGUUACCCUACCUGGAAGUACAUCGAUUCAAACCAUCCCCGGGUCUACAGUAAUAUCACUAAUAUCAGGAUCCCUGACUACGAUUUCCCUACCGGGUAGUACAUCGAUUAUAUCAAUUCCUGGGCCUACAGUAACAUCAUUGAUAUCAGGAUCUUUGACAAUUAUAACCCAGUCAGGAAGCACAUCGAUUGUAACGCUCCCUGGCUCAACCUUGACCUUGCCUGGAUUAACUAUUCCCGGCCCAACAAUAACUCUACCAGGCUCCAUCGUUACCCUUCCUGGAUCGGUCAUCACACUUCCAGGACAAACUACUACCAUCCAAGGAUCAGCAUUUACGGCUCCAGGACAAACAAUCACGUUACCUGGAUCCGUGACCACCCUCCCUGGAUCCGUAACGACCCUUCCUGGUUCAAUUUCGAUCUCCACAGUAACUCAAUCGAUUGCGGGGCCAACAGUCACAUAUACGCAAGCUGGAUCGACUGUGGUAUCAACUCUCCCUGGAUCAAUAAGCGUUUAUUCAACGACCAUCAGUGUGGGAGCAACCUUGAGAGGAUCAACAGCAUAUGUAACUGGCCCCGGAUCUACCGUAACUGUAACAGAACUAAUCACCUGCCCAUCCCCAACAAAUUCCGGUCCAGUGACCCCACAAGACUCAAGUUCAUCUGCAGUAUUCGGUUGUUCUCCAGGAUACAUUUGCAAUCCACCAAAGACAGACCACUGUGCUCUAUGGGCUGAUCCACCAGCCGAAGACUAUCUCUGCGAAGCCAAAUAUUGUAUCCGUGCUCCUAAUACAACAGAAGUAUACUGGCCAAAAAAUGAAACUGGGUACUACCCACCAACACCCGGAUACUUCAACCUCAACCCCAAUGCAUUUGGUCUCAGUUUCGGCAUUUUUAUUGAGAAAGUUAUCACUGAAGUUAUCAUUGGUAAUGAAGGAUAUGAAACGAUUAAAACUUUCACGACAGGUGAUUGGACAUCCCAAAGAGGCAUUUCCCACUACCCAGCCGGAACUCAAACCGGUCUUUCCACCUCUGCACUCGUCACUCCUUCAGUCGCAGUCCGGCGUGGACUCCUUCCCCGACUUUUCUCUAAACGCUCGUCCCCAUCAGAAUCCACCCCGAAGCAUCUCAACCUCCUUACCAAACGUGACUCCACCGUCGCUCCUGCAGUCUGUUAUUCCACGUGCAACAAUUGCUACAUCGAAGCGCUUAAAGUCGGCAAAUCCCCCGCUCUAUGUGCCUCCGACUCUGCCUUCACAUCCGAUCUUUCUUCAUGCGAAGCUUGUAUCAAGGCAAAUAGCAAUAAUGUGAAACAAUCAUUGCAAACAUAUGUGAAGCCGAAAUUUGGACAAUUUUUGGACUUUUGCAGUGCGCAAGUGCCGCAGAGUGAAGUUGCUGCUAGUACGGCUACGCGGGUAAUUACUAGGACGGCGACAGUGGUUCCAGUGCAGGCUAGUACUACUACUAGUAGCACGGUCAAAGCAAGUUCUAGUGCGGUUGAGAUCGAGAGCGAGAGCAAAAGUGCAAGUCCAAGCGUUAGUAUUACGAGCCAAAUUGCGCCGGUGGUUGUAGCAUCAUCUACUUCCUCGAGUGCAAGUUCUACAGGAGUUCAAUCAUCUGGAUCUUCAUCUGCAGUGGUUAGCGUACCUACAGCUCUUGAAAGCGGAGGUGGCUCAUCUUUAGCUACAGAAUCUGGAAGCGGAAGCGGAAGUCGAAGCGGAAGCGAGUCAACAUCAACAGGUCCACGUUCAACAAGCCAAUCAUUAUCCACAGCCACUUCCAGCAUCCUCAGCCUAAGUAUCUCCAGCUCCAGCUCCAGCUCUCCCCCAGGCUCCGCAUUAACAUCCAACUCCGAAUCUUCCAUCCAAUCGUCCAUCCAACCUCAACCUCAAUCUCAAACCUCAUCCCCAAGUCCAAGAACUGAAUCCCCAACAACUCAAUCCUCAACUAUUUCUUCAUCCACCAGCUCUAGAUCUGCUAGUCCGUCGGCUACUGAACCUGUCCAGGGAAGCGGUUCGAGCUUAAGACCUUCGAGUUGGGUUUUGCUGAUUGUUUUGUUUGUUGUUGGGUUAUUGGGGUAG